GUCCACAACCCACACAGUUUCUUCCUAGUCAUGGUUGGUUUUACGAAGAUCCUCCUUUUUUUCUUAUUGUUUUUAUAAAUGUAUUUUCGAUUUCGUUCGCUUCUUCUCGCCGAGAGCUUUUCUAAGCUCUAUUAAUACAUUUCGAAAUACCCAGCUACCUGUUAAUUCAUCUGGCGAAGCACUUUUGUAUUCACCCCGUCUUAUUCACUUAUCUAUAACCCUGUCAUCUGCCCAGAGCACACCUGACACCAGUGGGCACGCGACAUCAGUCGCUUCACUUCUUGAGCUUUUAGACUCCAUAUCACUCUCUUAGGCUGUAUAAGAGCUUCACCUACUUCAUGUCUUUUUAUAUAUGAUAUUUAGCUUGAGCAGAUAGUCAUGAAUACCGGCAUUGGGUCGCCGGCCAUCGUGGCUGACAACAACUCUGACACAAUCGCUAAGAGAGUCCACUACAGUCCUCCAUGGGCCGAUUUGAGCAUCAUUGGCAUUGCGGGCAGUUCCGGGUCUGGGAAGUCGACUUUAUCGCACGCCAUUGUCAAUACACUGAAUCUGCCAUGGGUUGUCAUCUUGUCAAUGGACUCCUACUAUAAGCCGUUGGGCCCCGAAGCUUCUAAGAAAGCCUUCCUCAACGAAUAUGAUUUCGACUCUCCAGAGGCGAUAGAUUUUGAUGCCUUAGUUCAGACUCUCCAGGACCUCAAAGCAGGUAAACGUACCGAGAUACCAAUAUACUCCUUUGAGAAGCAUCAACGUCUAAAAGAGACAACUACCAUAUACUCUCCCCAUGUGCUUGUUCUAGAGGGGAUCUUUGCCUUAUAUGAUCAGAGGGUGAUGGACCUCAUGGACAUGAGAGUCUAUUGUGAGGCAGAUGCAGACACGUGUCUCUCGAGGAGAAUCCUACGAGAUGUUAAAGACCGAGGUCGUACGGUAGAAGGCUGUAUUAAGCAGUGGUUUAGCUUUGUAAAACCGAAUUAUGAAAAGUAUGUCCUGCCACAGAGGAACCAUGCUGACAUAAUCGUGCCACGUGGAAUAGAGAAUCGAGUUGCGAUGGCUAUGGUCACCCAGUAUAUCGAAAGAAAACUACUGGAAAAGUCAACGCGUCAUCGAGCUGCUCUAAGAAGCCUAGAGGCCGGGUUUGAAAGCGAGCCUCUUUCCGACCGAGUCAUCGUUCUUAAGGAAACUCCUCAACUCAAAGCCAUGAAUACCAUAGUUCAGGAUAUUGACACAUCGAGCGAGGACUUUAUAUUUUAUUUCGAUAGGUUUUCGUGCCUACUCAUCGAAGAGGCCCUGAACAAUGCUCACUUCAAAGAAUUGGCCGUCGAAACUCCCUCCGGUAGGCUAUAUAAUGGACUGACUCCUAAAGGCGAAGUCAGCGCAGUCAUCGUCCUUCGUGGAGGCGCUGCCUUUGAGGCCGGGUUGAGGAGAGUGAUUCCAGAUGGCCGUACAGGACGCCUCCUCAUUCAGUCCAACGUUCGUACUGGAGAACCCGAACUUCAUUACCUGAAACUUCCGAAGGACAUUAACACGCAUGACACCGUGUUACUUUUAGAUGCCCAGAUGUCUAGCGGAGGUUCUGCGCUGAUGGCUGUCCAAGUCCUCGUAGACCACGGAGUCCCGCAAGAUCGUAUCGUCUGUGCAACAUACUCGGCCGGCUACGUAGGUGUCUAUCGUCUGACGAAGGUGUUCCCAGAAAUCACCGUUGUCAUCGGUAACAUGGUCGCCGAUUUUCAAGAUAGGUGGGUUGAGAAGAGAUACUUCCGCUGCUGAGACAUGUACGCGUAAGCCUUAAUACAUGAACCUCGACGGAACUCGAGGACACCUCAAUCGCUAGAUCGGCGAAUUCAUUAUGCAUCAAUAAUCAGUCAUCCAAUCUGAAUGUCCCCUAUACGAUAUUCUGCGGGGAUCCCACCUUUGAAUUUGUCAGUCGUCGGUUAUGAAGGAUUAUACGAGACAACAUCCUCUUCCCCACCUGGUAUUAGAUGCAUGUUCGGCCGUGGUUGCGAAAGCGAGCGUAUUCUUCUGAUAACAAUAAUAGUAGCAAGUAAUCAUCUAACUAUAUGAUAUCCCGUCUU